AUGCCGUCGCGCCUGGCGGUGGUGGGUGCAGCUUUCGCCGUGCUCGUUGCCCUCGUGCUGAUUUACGGGGAUGACCUCUGGGGAGUGGGCCCCCCGCGCCACGCGGGGUCCUCGCCCUGCGAGUGUUUGACCGGCGUGUUCGCGGACAACGCCCUUCUCGGGGCGCUGCACCGCAAAAGUCUCUUUGUUGGCUUGCACUGGCGCGCCACCCCCGCCUACGUCGCCGCCUUUCUCGACCCCUGGCAGGCCAAGUACGUCAACUGCGUUUCGUUCCACAAACUGGAGCUCCCUGACGCCCACAACGACACCGCCGCGGUGGAGCUGCUGCGUCGGCGGCUCGAGGAGGACGCCGCGAAUGACGUGCCUGGGGGUUGGAGGAUACGAGACAGGGGCCUGAUGGCGUCAGCGCAGCGACGCCGAGAACGCCGUCGUGCGCCGGCGUCUGCCGCGGAGCCGACGUGUCACGUGUGGAUUUUGCCGGAAACGGCGCGGCUGCCGUCGGUGGUGUGGGUGGCGCUGAAGGGGCUCCUGCAGGAGGGAACACUUGCCGACACGCCUGUCCGUCUCUCUGCUAGCGACGCUGCACUGAGCCGGCGUCAGCCCCUCGGUGUGCUCUUGUGGGCCGAUCCCGCCGAUCGCGAGGCGCUGAAGCAUGUGGUUUCACCACGCACGGUCAUGAUGUUCACAACCAUCCGUCAGUGA